AUGUCUGACUACUCGGCCUCGCCGUCCGACCACCACACCGACGCCCCCGUUCCCAAGCGCAAGGCGACCCAGGCUGGCCUCGACGGACACACGGCCAGCCGCUCGGUCAAGAGGAGGGCUUCCAAGGCGUGCCAGUGCUGCCGCGCCCGCAAAGUGCGCUGCAACGUCACCGAACACGGCGCUCCCUGCACAAACUGCCGCUUGGACGAGGUCGAAUGCAUAGUGUCGGAGAGCAGGCGCAAAAAGAAAUGGAGCAAAGAUGACGACCAGGCCUCCGAGCCCAGGGCUGCAUCCGGCAGUUCGACGCGCAAAAUCGUCUCGCGCGAUGCCUUUGACGCCACCCACUCGCUCAACUCGGCCUCGUCGCGUGCAUCGCUCGACGCCGAGUCGAGGCGGGACGAGCACGUGCCGCACUCCAUUUACCAAAGUCAUGGCCACCGUAUGAGCUCCGUCGGGAGUUUGUCGGCCAUGCAGCGCCGCCUGUCCAUCACGUCGCAAAUCAACAGCCUGCCCAACCUGCCCUUUUCCCCCUUUGGCACAGAGACGAGACCGCCCUUUUUUGGUGCCCUCUCAGCAUCAUCGUCACAGAAGCCCGCGUCGGUCGAGCUGCCCAUCUUCGUCAAGCCGCUGCCCUCCAAAAUCGGCCCUGAUGAGAUUGCCUAUCUGCGCAAGAAGGGCGUGCUCAACGUGCCCAGGGGCACCCUCCGCAGCGAAAUGCUCCGCGCCUACGUCGAGUUUGUGCAUCCAUACAUGCCGCUGCUGGAUCUGCACGAAUUCCUCGCCAUGAUAGACGACCAAGACGCAAGUAGGGGUAAAAUUAGCUUGAUCCUAUUUCAGGCCGUCAUGUUUGCCGGAUCGGCAUUUGUCGACAUGGACCACUUGCGCGCGGCGGGAUAUGCCUCACGCAAGGAGGCCCGCAAAGACUUUUUCCACAAGACUAGAAUUCUCUACGACUUUGAUUACGAGUCUGACCGCGUCUCGCUAGUCCAAGCACUGUUACUGCUGACAUACUACUACGAGACCCCCGAUGACCAGAAGGAUACGUGGCACUGGAUGGGCGUGGCAACCUCCAUCGCCCACACCAUUGGCCUGCACAGAAAUCCAGACAACAGCAAUCUCGAUAGCAAGCGCGUCAAGCUCUGGAAGCGGAUAUGGUGGUCGACGUAUAUGCGAGACCGACUCAUUGCCCUCGGCAUGCGGCGACCCAUCAGGAUAAAGACGGAAGACUUUGACGUCCCAAUGCUGACACUCGACGACUUUGAUCUCUCACCCCUCCCAGAGAGCGUGACUUGCCUACCAGCGGAUUGCCGCAUUGCCAGAGAUGCCGACGCCCAACGGCAGUUGGCUAUUCUGUGCAUUGAAAAGGCCCGGCUCUGUCUGUGCAUUUCACAUGUUCUGUCCAAGCAAUACUGCGUGCUCAACAACAACCAGGGCCUGCAAAACGACCGCACAACCAUGAUGCUGCUUCCCAAGAAGCUGGAUCCCGAGACGAGUGAAGUCAAGGCAUGCGAUGAAGAACUCCAGAAAUGGGUCUCGGAGCUGCCUGAGGAGGCAAAGUAUUCGGACAAGCCAAGCGGUGUGGCAGCCAUUGAUCUCGCAAGGGCACUGUUGCACAUGGUCUUCUUCACUACCUUGUCUGCGCUACACCGGCCUCAAGUUCUUCCAAACCCUCAAUGUGGCCCUGUCAAUGCUCCGACAAAGCACAACGUCGAGCCCGAACUGCUCGAUGUUUCGCGCCGCAACGUUCGUCGUGCUGCCUCGGCAAUCACCUCCAUGGCUCAGCGUCUCGAUCAGGGCGGUCUCGUGAGGUAUCUCCCGACAACGGGUGUUACUGUUCUUCUCCCGGCCAUUAUCAUUCACCUGCUCGACAUCAAGGCACCAGAAGAAGAAAUUCGCCGGUCCUCUCUGCGUGGCUUUUGCCAGUGUAUGGCCGUCAUGGGCAAACUCCGCGAUCUCUACGCUGCUGCUGAUUACUCGGUGGCCUUCCUAGAAGCUGCUAUCCGGAAAGCAGGUAUCCAAGUCGCCCCCAUAGUACAAACCUCUCCGGAAACCAAGGCACCACAUACGACUACAGUUGACGACAUUGUUAAUGUCGGACGGCGGCUGGAUGUUUCCCAUGCAGCAUCACCACAGACGAUCCGCCCGUCAGCUUUGACACCGCCCCCAGACUACGGCACCACCAACAUGCAUGCACUGGAGAAGCAGCACAACGAGCCCAACGUGACCGACGAAGAAGUCGCCCGCCGACUCGAAACCUUCCUAGCAUCUACACCCCCAGAUUCGGACCACGAGCAGCACAUGCCGAGCAUUACCAUUUCGCAAGACUCGGACAUGAUCGACGCCACCGCCGGCGCCGCCAACGUCAACCACCACAUGCACCAAAACAUGCUGAACUCGGUCAACCUGAACAAAUGGAGCGCCCUGGACCUCGCACCCACAUCGCACUUUGCCUCGAACAACAUCAACCAUCACCAAGACGACGAAAUGCUGUUUUCCAGUCUGCCGCUCAACAACGAGUUUGACGACGGCGACUUUGACCAGCUUUUGAACCUGGAUGCCGUGGGCGAGACGUUUAGCUUUGACGAUACGGCCCUGGAUACAGGCGCUAAUCUCAUGCUUGGCGACGACUGUUGGCUUGGUAAUGGCAACGAUCUUGGUGUCGAAGCCUGAGGUAUAUCCUUUAUUUUUUCUCAAAGGUACUUUCUCUUCAAUUUUCUGCCUUGAACAAGCGAGCGUCUUUGUUGCAAUUAUUUUUCGGCUUUUUCCUGGGCCCCGCCUGUUUUCCUUUCCUGGGGGGCCCAACCGCUCGCGUUUUACGAAAUGGGAUGAUAUGUUUGUACUCUUGUUUUCUCUCUCUCUCUCUCUCUCUCUCUCUCUCUCUCGCUUAUGGGAUGGGAUAUGGGAGGCAGAACCAAAAGAAACGGAAUGUGCUUUGGGGGGGUUUUUUUCUUCUUCUCGGCUUCGGAAGACAUGGAAAUUUCGGCAUUCUUUUUGGGCUUGGUUUGGCAUAGAGGAAAUGGACAAAGGGUAUAAGGCAAGACAGAUGGAACAGAUGGAGGG